AUGGCUCUAGCGGGUGUUCACAAAUGGGAAUUGGCUCGUUGUAGGCUUGACUCGCUGGACAAUUUGACAGGCAAAUGGCCUGAUACAGAAGUUGAUUACACGACCGGCUGCGGGGCGCGAAGGGCUAACUGGCCUGCUCAGGCGCAUUGGCAGAGGAUCCUGGUCAUGUCCGGGGCUUGGCACGGAGGAUACAGAGGAGCAGAACAAUGGGUCAAGGACGAAAGGCUGAGAACUACCAUUGGACGAGCCAUGGAAUAUUGGUUCUCCCGUGAUAUCACGAAUGUUGACUGUCUCGAUUGGGGUGGAACCCCCCGCUGCCCGUGUGACAACGUCGAUGAUUCUCUAUGGAAUACCAACUGGUUCUCAAACAUUAUCCUCAUUCCCAGACUCGCAGGACAAUCAUGUCUGCUCUUAAGCGAUUCGCUGACCUUGAGGGAAAGAGAAGUUUGUUCGAACAUUACUCGACGAUCGUUUGGAACCUUUGGGAUUAAGCUGAAUCAGGUUGGAUACCUGACUGGCGCGAAUACACUCGAUGUAGCACGAGUCGGAAUUGACUGCGGGCUGCUCAAUAGCAAUAUUUCAAUGAUCGCCGACGCUUAUCGUCGAAUCCACGACGAAUUGGUCAUUCAAAACGUCACAAAAGUAGACGGAAUACGGGCAGACGGUUCCUUUGCGCAACAUGCAGGUGUUCUUUACAAUGGAAACUAUGGAAAGGACUACUCGAACGCAGUGUUGGACGUCGAGGUGAUUGCGGCGGGAACAUCGUUCUCGGCAGAUACGACUGCUCAGACCGCAUUCGAGACGUUGUUCGACGGACAUAGGUGGAUGAUCUUCUCCAAUACGCUUUCCCAGGUCUUGCACUUUGACUUUUCCGUUCUUGGGCGAUUUAUCACGUUCCCUGUCAUCGACGACCAGGCUACUGGGAGCAUCCAAAUCAACCUCACCAAAACUUGGGAACUAGGGCGCCUAUGGUCUUCCCCAUCCUUGACUACAUUCGGGGAGUCACUCAUGCAGAACUUCUCCAGCGCAAACGCAGGAGGAUUGACGGGAACGAGAAUGUUCUUUGCAAAUGAUUAUAUGGUCCACAGAGGUCCAAACUUUUUCUCGUCUCUCAAGAUGUACUCCAGUCGAACGCUUAACACAGAAUGCAUCAACUCACAGAAUCCGCUCGGGUUCCACCUCUCCGAUGGAACGCUUUACACUUACCUCCGAGGAAAUGAAUAUACCGAUAUCUCUGCUGCAUGGGACUGGGAUCUGAUUCCCGGAACAACAGUGGAUUACCGCAACACGCUUUUACAUUGCAGUGGGGCCACGGUCACAGGCCGGGAGAGUUUCGUUGGCGGUUUAUCCGAUGGAAAGACUGGAAUAGCGGCCAUGCGUUAUACGAACCCCACCACUCGAUCGCUGCGAUGGCAAAAGACAUGGUUCUUCCUCAACGACGGUGCCCAACACGUCGUGAUCAACAUUCUGGCGUCCAGUAGCGGGGCCCCCGUAUAUUCAGUUUUGGAUCAAAAGCGUCGCAACGGACUCACCGUCGUAGACAGGAGGGAAGUAUUGAACUCGUCGACUAUCACUGGCCCUCAACGGCUAUGGCACGACAAUGUCGGGUAUGCCUUCAGGAGCUUGACAAAUGCCACUACUCCCUUGCACGUACGCAUGGGCGAGAGGACUGGGAGCUGGUCGGCGAUUGGUACGUCGACCCAACCCCCGGUGUCUGUUGACAUGUGGGCAGGGUUGCUGGAACAUAUCGACCUGUCGCAACCUCUGGAAUAUACCAUCCUUCCUGGAACUUCAUACCCAGACUUCCUGCAGAGAACCGAAUUACCCAGAGUGGAGACCAUCGCCAACAACGACAACGUUACCGCUAUUUACGAUCAGCGAACGGGAAUCGCGAUGGUCGUAUUUUGGAACAACGGCGAAAGUUCAAUUGCAAUCGAUACCCGGACACCCAUUGCUCAAAUGACCAUUACAUCCACAGCCAAUGUCAUUGUAAUGUUUUCCACCAAAAACGGCACAGUGCUUGUCUCCGACCCGACCCAAAUGCUUGACACAGUCGUACUGAAAUUCACUAUCGGCCGGGGCAAACGACCUUUGUACUGGAAGGGGCAGGCGGAAAAAUCGCUGGUAUUUCAGUUGCCUGGUGGAGGACGGAGGGGAGACAGUGUAUCUGGCACCAUUCGAUAA